AUGGGAGAGAGGCAGCAUUCCAAGCAGGGAUUUCUCCUCUGCCUGAUUUUCUGUGUUCUACUUCAAGGAUCCCCUUCCCAGCCUGGAAGCAGUCAUGCCUACAACAUCAACUGCACAGGGUUUGACCUGUAUGGGGUGGACCCUGCUGCCUUCCAAGCAGUGUUUGACAGAAAGGCCUUCCGUCCAGUUAUCAACAACAGCAUUCCCACCCAGGUCAACAUCUCCUUCACCCUCUCUGCCAUUCUGGAUGUGGAUGCCCAGAUUCAGGUCCUGACGUCCUUUCUCUGGGUGAAUAUGAUUUGGGAAAAUCCAUUCAUCAGCUGGAACCCUGAGGAGUGUGGGGGCCUAUCGAAGAUCAGCGUGUCAGCAAAGAACCUCUGGCUCCCGGACAUCUUCAUCAUAGAAUUCAUGGAUGUGGACCAGACCCCAACCAGUCUCUCUGCGUACGUGUACAGCAACGGCCGGAUCAAAUAUGAUAAACCCAUGAAGGUGACGAGCAUCUGCAACCUGGACAUCUUCUACUUCCCCUUUGACCAACAGAAUUGUACCCUGACCUUCAGCUCUUUCCUGUACACAGUGGAUAGCUUGCUGCUGGGCAUGGAAAAGGAAGUGUGGGAGAUCACAGACAACUCGCGUGAUGUCAUUCGGACUCAAGGGGAGUGGGAACUCCUCGGCAUCAACAAAGCAACCCCAAAGUUGGCAAUGGGUUCCAGUCUUUAUGACCAGAUCAUGUUCUAUGUGGCCAUCCGGCGCCGACCCAGACUCUAUGUCAUAAAUCUUCUGGUGCCCAGUGGAUUUCUGAUAGCAAUCGAUGCCCUAAGCUUCUUCCUGCCAAUUGAGAGUGGCAACCGGGCUCCUUUCAAGAUGACCUUGCUCCUGGGAUAUACUGUCUUCUUGCUCAUGAUGAAUGAUUUACUGCCAGCCAGUGGCACCCCACUCAUCAGUGUGUACUUUGCUCUGUGCCUGUCCCUGAUGGUGCUCAGCCUGCUAGAGGCUGUCUUCCUCACCUACCUCCUGAAUCUGAUUGCUACCGAGCCCCCAGCCAUGCCCCCCUGGCUCCAGUCACUGCUGCUGCGCUAUCUCAGAGGCUGCUACAACAAGAGGUCCCAGAAAGAGACCAGGGGUUCUGGCCCCGACCCCAUCCACCUGCCUGGGCUGAUGGAGCCAGUGGUUAUGGCAGCACGGGUACCAGGCUCUAGCGAGGCCAGGCUAAAUGGAGACCCAGGAUCAACAAGGGUACCAUUGGAACAGCAGACCCAGGGGCCACCAACAGUGAACUUGUGGGGGAAAUUCUGCUUGAUUCUGGACUCGAUGCUCUUCUGGCUUUAUCUGCUGUUCAUGGCCACCGCUCUCAGCACAAUCAUUGUUCUCUGGAACUCUUGA